AUUGAUCGCACGCAUUUGUGCUCCCCUGUGACUUUCUCUGCAACGGGUAAACUCGCGCGUCAGCAAAGCGAGGGAACUUGGCACCUCGAGCAGAGAAACAAAGUCAAAGACAAAUAUUACCAGGCCGCAGCAAACGACAGCUUUUGUUCUGUCUGAUCUGGCAUAGUGGAAGAGCUCAAGCCGCGAGCGCGUCACUCAACCAGCGGUCCCCGGCUAGCAGUAAACUGGCGGUCCGGCACAGAGAAGGAUUGGCUUGACAAAUACCAGGCACAGGAUCUGGCCAAGGAGCGAUCGCCGCUGAGGAGUAGAGAGGAGUAAACAACAUAGCCCAACGGGAGUGGACGAAUUGCUCUCAUGGCAUCGAUCGAGCCACACGCCAAGCGGCAGCGCAAGGAGCCAUCCUGGCGCGCCGAGUUUGUGGAUCCUGACCAGGUUAAAGACGGCACUUUGAUUGCCGACGAGGACCCCACAGCACAGCAGCUGGUAGCCUUGCAGCAGCUGGGGCAGAAGCAGGGGCAGGGCCAAGGGCAGCAGCACAAGCGGGGAAGCACGGGCCCUGCCUCUUCGGCCUCCUCGGAUGAGGGAAGCGACCCGGGGACCAGUGAAGAGCCCCCGAGGGUGCUGGACGUGCGGCCGUUGGAUGCCAAUAAAGUGGAGGUGGUGGUGGAGCGGGAUGGGCGGCGCUACCGAGGCGUGAUGGAGCGGAAGGAGCUGCCGCACAGCGUGGGUGUGCCCGUGCCUAUAACGCCGGAGGAGCUAGAGAGCAUCACGGCGAUGGUGGCGCACGGGGAGAACGGCACCAGCUUGUGUGGCCUCUGCAACACGAAACUCGAGUGCACGCCCGUCAGGGGCAUGAGCGCCGACAAGGUGGGCAAGUACGUGAAGGUGCGCAUCACGUCCAACUGGACGGCGCGCGUACACAUGCAGUGCGCGGUGUGGUGCCCGGAGGUGGUGGAGGACCCCUUCCACCCGGGAUACUUGCACCACAUGGGCCCGGCGGUUCGGCGGGGGCGGCAGCUGCGCUGCCACGUGUGCAAAAACCGCGGAGCCACGGUGGGCUGCUUCCAGGAGGGCUGUCCGUCAGUGUACCACCUGACAUGCGCCGUCAAAGCCGGCUGCGCAUUCAAUGAGGAAACGCAGGAAGUGUGGUGCCCGGCGCACACUCAUUGAGCACAGCACGACAGGCACGGGCGGCUAUGUGGCACGGGUGUCGCCUGGGCGCCGCGCGUUGCAGACAGCCCGGCCGGUCCUUGUGCUAUACGUGGCGCAAAGUUAGGCACAUUCUUGACUGAUAUCGACUGCGCGUGGUCUCCGUGGGACGGAGAGUGAUGAUGCAGCAACAAAGCGAGCGUGACCCCGCUGAUGUCGGAUUUCGGGUGCGUGGAGUGGCGGCGGGGCGAGGCAAGCAUCCGUACCUGUCGGCAAGGGUUUCCCCUGCCAGGACUUACCAUGCUGGGGGUAACGCCUACAUAAAGAAUAGUAUAAUGUAUGUUCUAGAACAGCUCCGACUACCCCCCAACUAACUAGUGUACGGCACCCCAACCCCCCUCAGCCGUACAGGAGGUAGCGUGGCAGUCGGCAGCUGCGCGAGUGUGAGUAGGUAGUUGUACGGCAGCCCGGCUUGGAAGCUACCCGACUGUAGUGACGCACACGGGCAGUUGGCGCUAGUCGGCAGGCGUGCGAAUGGGAGCUGGCAGUUGAGCUCGCAUGCGUGUGGGAAGCUGCGUCUGAGCACGGUGGAGCACGGCGGGUGUGGCGGUUGGCGCGGCGCGUGAGUGGGAGUGCAUAGUCGUGCGCGAGGCCGUUUGGGAAGCUGCGUGUGUGAGCUACGUGUAAACUCAGAGAGAC